CUGGGCCCACGCUUGAAGCGAACGCUUGGAGAGGCGGUGGGGAGGUUAGGGGUAGCCGCAGGGAUGGAAGGCAGUAGCCCCGGCGAAGCCAGCCCGGCCGAUGCCGCCAACUUGUUUUCCCUGGCGGGUCUUGGCGUCGCCUUGCAGACCAUCCCGGAGACCCCGGACCCGGCUGCUUUGGGUUACUUGCAGCUGCCGUGGCAGAGGGAGCACCGCGUGUGCAAGAUCAUCAGCCGCCGCCGCAGAGACGCCCGGCUACACCACAAGGUGGGCCCGCUGGGCAAGGAGAUUCACGCUUUAAAAAGAUUGAGAGAAGCUGCUAAUUCAAAUGAUUUGGAAACAGUAAUGCAACUUCUAGAAGAUGGGGCAGACCCCUGCGCUGCUGAUGACAAAGGUCGAACAGCCUUGCACUUUGCUUCUUGUAAUGGAAAUGAUCGCAUUGUGCAGUUGCUUUUAGACCAUGGUGCUGAUCCAAACCAGCGAGAUGGAUUAGGGAACACUCCCUUGCAUUUGGCUGCCUGCACGAACCAUGUUCCUGUCAUCACCAUGCUGCUCCGCGGAGGAGCUCGAGUGGAUGCCUUGGAUCGAGCUGGAAGGACCCCUCUGCACUUGGCCAGGUCAAAGUUAAACAUCCUGCAGGAUGGCCUCUCACAGAGCUUGGAGGUUGUGCGCCUUGAAGUAAAGCAGAUUAUCCAGAUGUUGAGGGAAUAUCUUGACCGUCUUGGACGUCAUGAACAGAGGGAACAAUUGGAUGACCUUUGCACCAGGCUACAGAUGACUAGCACAAAAGAACAGGUCGAUGAAGUUACUGAUCUCUUAGCCAGUUUCACCUCACUCAGCUUGCAGAAGCAGAAGAUAGACCAGGGGUAACCGGCUUUUCUGUUGUCCUCUCACACCAAAGGAGAAGCCCUGGAAGAAAAGAUAGCUGGAGCACCAUUGCAGGACUGGAGCAUUGUUGUUGCCAGCAUCCAACUUACUUUUCCUGCUGCUUCUAUGUUGAACAGUUUGAAACCAUGAAACAUCAGGGACUGCCUUCAAUAUCCUUUCUUUGGGCCAAGGAUUUUUGCUGUGCUGCCUUCAAAGGCAUUUUUAUUAUUCUUUGUUUAAGAAUCAGGAAUUACCUUUCAGCUAAUGAAUUCUGGUGGAGCUGCCCUUCUUUAAGGACACUGUCUUCAGGAAGUAUUAUUGAAGUCCUGCAAGUAGCAUCUUCAGUCUGCUCUGGAUAUAUUUGGAGAAAUGGCAGCUAUUAGCAAUUGCUCUGCUUUUAAUACCCAGUAUUUAUGCACACAAUUAUUGAGCCUUUGUAGAAGGUGACAAACUUAAUUGACAAUAAAUAAAAAAAUAGGAUGGGGAUAUUUUAAAUGGAGCAAAGUUUGAAGGGCUAGAAGUGCUGCCUAUGUUCAUUGUUGGAGGAGGGGAGAGAUUUUAUUGAUAUCACACACGUGUACAUACAUGCACACUUCAGAUUUAUUCACAAGGGCCAUUUCCUUUAUGCUGAUUCUAUUUCCUGAAUUUUGAAUCCCCAGAAGGCUGGUAUAAGUAAGUCUACGCUCUGCCCAAGUUUCUCUUGCUGAUAUUAAUUGAAUUAAAGGAGCAGAGCAAGAGUAGCUCAAGUCUUUGGUUGUCUCUUAGCCUGCUAGUACAAAAAGACAUUUGCAGGAGUUGGGUGAUUCCUUUAGGGUGCUGCAAUGACUUGUUAGAUCAUCAGCUGAAUAUUCUUAUUGUGCCCUUUUAUUACUUUUCCAGAAGGGGGAGAAAAGGAGGAAAAUAAUGUGAAGUACAAUGGGUGACAUGCUAGUUUACUUUCAUAUGCUGUUUUUCUUCCUACAAAGGGCAUAAAAUUGGUUUACAGCUCAUGCCAGAUUCAGGGACUGUAGCAAAUCAUCUGCUUUAAAUAAAAAAAAUGUCUCACUGUGAUAGUAUGUAGAUUAUACUCAAAUCAAAAUAUGGUUAGUUAUAUUGCAUUAGGCACAGGCCUUAUCUAGGAUAACGUAGAUGAGCAGAGAAAAGUGUUUAGAGAGAGAAUGUAGAUGAGCAGAGAGAAGUGUUUUCCCCUGGGGCCUGUGAGUUCCUUGAACAUGUAAGACAUUUUUAAUGAUGCCAUUUUAAUUGGCUCUGGCUGAGCAAGUUUUGGAAAUUCUGCUUCUUUUAUGGGAAAGUACUUGCUUUUUCAUUUUGAUGUUCCAAAUGAAAAGAAAAACCCUUAUUCUGAAGUUCACACAAUUUUCUGCAACCAUAAAUUUGUUGAAUAAGACCUGGUUCAGAGGAAAAAACCCUCAAAGCUGUUGUUAUGUCCUAACUGGGUGUUUUGACUCUAACCAGUCAACAGUAAUUAAAAAGGAAAAAAGUUGUAGCCAUCCCAGCAUCAUCAAAAUUCCAAGGUUGUUUUAGUUCCUUGAGAUUUGUAUCUUCUUAUGACUUUAUUUUUGGUAAAUAUGCAAUGUUUGUGGCAGAAGAGUUACGGGAUGCCUAACUUUAAAAGAGACACCGUUCUUGGAUCUACUGAAUGCAGCAGCUUGAUCAAGGAAUCUUGAAUUCUUUCCUCAAGAGGAUGCUGUAGUUCUGAAUUGGCUCAGACUUUGCUAGAACUGUCACUGUGAAUACAAUGAAUUUUAUUCUAUUAUACAAGGAAGGUGGGAAGCAAUUUUAUCUUUUCAAUAAAACUGGUUUGCUGUC